GGGGCGCCGGGGCCGGGGGCGGCAGGCGCGGGCAGGAAGCGCCUCGCGGCCCGGGCCCGCCCCCCGCCUCUCGCCUCUCGCCUCCUCCGAGCUCCCGGCUCCCGGCCGCGCCGCGCCCCAUGCACUCGCCGCGCCGCGCAGCCCGCGCUCGCCUGGAUGGCUCGUCGCGCCGCGGGCGGCGCACCCCCUAGCGCCCGGGCUGCCGCGGCCAUCCCCUGGCCUCCGCGCCCGCACUCGCGGGGCCCCGGUCUGCCGCCGCUGCCUCUGCUGCUGCUGCUCGGGGCGGCGCGGGCCGGCGCCCUGGAGAUUCAGCGCCGCUUCCCUUCUCCCACGCCCACCAACAACUUCGCCCUGGACGGCGCGGCGGGCACCGUGUACCUGGCGGCUGUGAACCGCCUGUACCAGCUGUCGAGCGCCAACCUGAGCCUAGAGGCCGAGGCGACCGUGGGCCCCGUGCAGGACAGCCCGCUGUGUCACGCCCCGCAGCUCCCUCAGGCCUCGUGCGAGCACCCGCGUCGCCUCACCGACAACUACAACAAAAUCCUGCAGCUGGACCCGGGCCAGGGUCUGGUGGUCGCGUGCGGCUCCAUCUACCAGGGUUUGUGCCAGCUGCGGCGCCGGGGCAACAUCUCAGCCCUGGCCGUGCGCUUCCCGCCUGCCGCGCCGCCCGCCGAACCGGUCACCGUGUUCCCCAGUAUGCUGAACGUGGCUGCCAACCACCCCAAUGCAUCCACCGUGGGGCUAGUCCUGCCGCCAGCCACGGGCACGGGGGGCAGCCGUCUGCUUGUAGGCGCCACGUACACCGGCUACGGCAGCGCCUUCUUCCCGCGCAACCGUAGCCUAGAAGACCAUCGCUUCGAGAACACGCCCGAGAUCGCCAUCCGCUCCCUGGACGCGCGUGGAAACUUGGCCAAGCUCUUCACCUUCGACCUCAACCCGUCCGACGACAACAUCUUGAAGAUCAAGCAGGGCGCCAAGGAACACUACAAGCUGGGCUUCGUGAGCGCCUUUUUGCACCCGGCGUCUCCGCGCGGCUCGCAGCCCUACGCGUACCUGGCACUCAACAGCGAGGCGCGUGCCGGCGACAAGGACAGCCAGGCGCGCAGCCUGCUGGCGCGCAUCUGCCUGCCCCGCGGUGCGGGCGGCGAUGCCAAGAAGCUUACUGAGUCCUACAUCCAGGUGGGCUUGCAGUGCGCGGGUAGCGCGGGCCGCGGCGACCUCUACAGCCGCCUCGUGUCUGUCUUCCCCGCGCGCGACCUGCUCUUUGCCGUCUUCGAGCGGCCCCAGGGCGCCCCAGGUGCCCGCAACGCCCCGGCUGCGCUCUGCGCCUUCCGCUUCGCCGACGUGCAGGCCGCCAUCCGUGCAGCGCGCACUGCCUGCUUCGUGGAGCCGGCGCCCGACGUGGUGGCAGUACUGGACAGCGUGGUGCAGGGCACCGGGCCGUCCUGCGAGAACAGACGUAACAUACAGCUACAGCUGGAGCAGCUGGAUUGUGGUGCGGCCCACCUGCAGCACCCCCUGUCCAUCCUGCAGCCGCUGAGUGCAUCGCCCGUGUUCCGUGCUCCGGGGCUCACAGCUGUGGCUGUGGCCAGUGCCAACAACUAUACUGCUGUCUUCCUGGGCACUGCCACCGGGAGGCUACUGAAGAUCAGCCUGAACGAGAGCAUGCAGGUCGUCAGCAGGCGGGUGCUGACAGUGGCCUAUGGGGAACCUGUGCACCAUGUCAUGCAGUUUGACCCCGUGGAUCCUGGUUUCCUGUACCUGAUGACGUCCCACCAGAUGGCCCGUGUGAAGGUUGCAGCAUGUGAGGUGCAUUCCACUUGCGGGGACUGUGUGGGCGCAGCUGACGCCUACUGUGGCUGGUGCACUCUGGAGACGCGGUGCACACUGCAACAGGAUUGCGCCAACUCCAGUCAGCCGCAUUUCUGGACCAGUGCCAGUCAGGGCCCCGGCCGCUGCCCUGCCAUGACCGUGCUGCCUUCUGAGAUCGAUGUGCGCCGGGACUACACCGGGAUGAUCUUGCAGAUCUCAGGCAGCCUGCCCAGCCUCAGCGGUAUGGAGAUGACUUGUGACUAUGGGAACAAUGUCCGGACAGUGGCCCGGGUACCAGGCCCUGCCUAUGACCAUCAGAUUGCCUACUGCAACCUCCUGCCCAGGGCCCAGUUUCCAUCUUUUCCUGCUGGCCAGGACCACGUGACUGUUGAGAUGUCUGUAAGGGUCAAAGGACACAACAUUGUCUCUGCUAAUUUCACCAUCUAUGACUGCAGCCGGAUUGGACAAGUCUACCCCCAUACAGACUGUACCAGCUGCCUGUCAACGCAGUGGCCUUGCUUCUGGUGCACCCAGCAGCACUCCUGUGUCUCUAAUCAGUCUCGGUGUGAGAGCUCCCCAGACCCGAUGAAUCCUCAGGACUGUCCCCAGAUCCUGCCUUCGCCCCUGGCACCCGUGCCAACAGGUGGCUCCCAGGACAUCCUGGUGCCUCUCACUAAUGCUGCCUUCUUCCAUGGUACCUCCCUGGAGUGCAGCUUUGGCCUGGAAGAGAGUUUCGAGGCUGUGUGGAUAAAUGACUCGCUGGUACGCUGCAACCAAGUGGUGCUGCACACGACCCAGAAGAGCCAGGUGUUUCCACUUAGCCUGAAACUGAAGGGGCCUCCAGACAGAUUCCUAGAUAGCCCUAACCCCAUGACAGUUGUGGUCUACAAUUGUGCUAUGGGCAGCCCUGACUGUUCCCAGUGCCUGGGCCGUGAGGACCUGGGUCACCUCUGUGUUUGGAAUGAUGGCUGUCGCCUGAGAGGGCCCCUGCGGCCAGUCCCCGGCACCUGCCCAGCCCCUGAGAUACGAGCGAUCGAGCCUCUGAGUGGCCCCUUGGACGGCGGGACUUUGCUGACCAUCCGCGGCAGGAACCUAGGCCGCCGGUUCAGUGAUGUGGCCCACGGUGUGUGGAUUGGCAGUGUACCCUGUGAACCCCUGGCUGACAGAUACACAGUUUCAGAGGAGAUCGUGUGUGCCACAGGGCCCGCACCAGGGGUCUUCUCAGACGUGGUAACCGUGAACGCCUCCAAGGAGGGCAGGUCGCGGGAACACUUCUCCUAUGUGCUACCCGUGGUCCACUCCCUGGAGCCUGCCCUGGGUCCUAAGGCAGGGGGCACCAGGAUCACUAUUCACGGCAGUGACCUCCAUGUAGGCUCUAUGCUCCAGGUCCUGGUGAAUGACACAGACCCCUGCACGGAUCUUACGCGCACGGCCACCAGCAUCACCUGCACUGUGCCUCGAGGGACCCUGCCCACUCUAGUGCCUGUGUGUGUGCGCUUUGAGAGCCGGGGCUGCGUGCAUGGAAACCUUACCUUCUGGUACAUGCAGAACCCAGUCAUCACUGCCAUCCGGCCAGGCCGCAGCCCUGUCAGCGGUGGCAGGACCAUCACUGUGGCUGGCGAGCGCUUCCACAUGGUACAGAACGUAUCAAUGGCAGUACACCACAUCGGCCGGGAGCCCACGUUCUGCAAGGUUCUCAACUCCACACUCAUCACCUGCCCAUCUCCUGGAGCCCUGAGCAAUGCUUCAGCGCCCGUAGACUUCUUCAUCAAUGGCCGGACGUAUACAGAUGAAGCGGCUGAGGAGCUGCUGGACCCUGCAGAGGCACAGAGGGGCAGCCGGUUCCGUCUGGACUACCUCCCCAAUCCACAGUUCUCCACAGCCAAGAGGGAGAAGUGGAUCAAGCAUCACCCAGGGGAGCCGCUCACCCUAGUCAUCCAUAAGGAGCAAGACAGCCUAGGGCUCGAGAGCCAUGAGUACCACAUCAAGAUUGGCCAGGUGUCCUGCGACAUCCAGAUCGUCUCAGACAGAGUCAUCCACUGCUCAGUCAAUGAGUCUCUGGGCACAGCUGAGGGACAGCUGCCCAUCACAAUCCAGGUGGGGAACUUCAACCAGACCAUCGCCACACUGCAGCUGGGGGGCAGCGAGACAGCCAUCGUCGUGUCCAUUGUCAUCUGCAGUGUCCUGUUGCUGCUCUCUGUGGUUGCUCUGUUCGUCUUCUGCACCAAGAGCCGCCGUGCCGAGCGCUACUGGCAGAAGACGCUGCUGCAGAUGGAAGAGAUGGAGUCUCAGAUCCGCGAGGAGAUUCGCAAAGGCUUUGCAGAGCUGCAGACAGACAUGACGGAUCUCACCAAGGAGCUGAACCGUAGCCAGGGCAUCCCCUUCUUGGAAUACAAGCACUUUGUGACUCGUACCUUCUUCCCCAAGUGUUCUUCCCUCUAUGAAGAGCGGUAUGUGCUACCCUCGCAGACCCUCAACUCCCAAGGCAACACCCCGCCACAGGAAACCCACCCGCUGCUGGGAGAGUGGAACAUCCCGGAACACUGUCGGCCCAGCAUGGAGGAGGGGAUCAGCUUGUUCUCCUCCCUGCUCAACAACAAGCACUUCCUUAUCAUCUUUGUCCACGCCCUGGAGCAGCAGAAGGACUUCGCUGUGCGGGACAGGUGCAGCCUGGCGUCACUGCUGACCAUUGCACUGCACGGCAAGCUGGAGUACUACACAAGCAUCAUGAAGGAGCUGCUGGUGGACCUCAUCGAUGCCUCAGCGGCCAAGAACCCCAAGCUCAUGCUGCGGCGCACCGAGUCAGUGGUAGAGAAAAUGCUUACCAACUGGAUGUCCAUCUGCAUGUAUGGCUGCCUGAGGGAGACAGUGGGUGAGCCCUUCUUCCUGCUGCUGUGCGCCAUCAAGCAGCAGAUCAACAAAGGCUCCAUCGACGCCAUCACAGGCAAAGCCCGCUACACGCUCAAUGAGGAGUGGCUGCUGAGGGAAAACAUCGAGGCCAAGCCCCGGAACCUGAACGUGUCCUUCCAGGGCUGUGGUAUGGAUUCUCUGAGCGUGCGGGCCAUGGACACCGACACCCUGACGCAGGUGAAGGAGAAGAUCCUGGAAGCCUUCUGCAAGAAUGUACCCUACUCACAGUGGCCGCGGGCGGAGGACGUGGACCUCGAAUGGUUUGCCUCGAGCACCCAGAGCUAUGUCCUGCGGGACCUGGAUGACACCUCAGUGGUGGAGGACGGCCGCAAGAAACUGAACACGCUGGCCCACUACAAGAUUCCUGAGGGUGCCUCCCUAGCCAUGAGCCUCACAGACAAGAAGGACAACACCCUGGGCCGAGUAAAAGACUUGGACACAGAAAAGUAUUUCCAUUUGGUGCUGCCCACAGAUGAGCUGGUAGAGCCCAAGAAGUCCCACCGGCAGAGCCACCGCAAGAAGGUGUUGCCAGAGAUCUACCUGACCCGCCUGCUCUCUACCAAGGGCACACUGCAGAAGUUCCUGGAUGACCUGUUCAAAGCUAUCCUGAGCAUCCGCGAGGACAAGCCCCCCCUGGCCGUCAAGUACUUCUUCGACUUCCUGGAGGAGCAGGCUGAGAAGAGAGGCAUCUCUGACCCUGACACCUUGCACAUCUGGAAGACCAACAGCCUUCCCCUCCGCUUCUGGGUGAACAUCUUAAAAAACCCUCAGUUUGUCUUCGACAUAGAGAAGACAGACCACAUCGAUGCCUGCCUGUCUGUCAUCGCGCAGGCCUUCAUCGAUGCCUGCUCCAUCUCUGACCUCCAGCUAGGCAAGGACUCGCCCACCAACAAGCUCCUGUACGCAAAGGAGAUCCCCGAAUACAGGAAGAUCGUGCAGCGCUACUACAAACAGAUCCAGGACAUGACUCCUCUCAGUGAACAGGAAAUGAAUGCACACCUGGCCGAGGAGUCUCGGAAAUACCAGAAUGAGUUCAAUACAAACGUGGCCAUGGCUGAGAUCUAUAAAUACGCUAAGAGGUAUCGCCCACAGAUCAUGGCUGCCCUGGAGGCCAACCCCACUGCCCGCAGGACCCAGCUACAGCACAAGUUUGAGCAGGUGGUGGCUCUGAUGGAGAACAAUAUCUAUGAGUGUUACAGCGAGGCCUGAGGCAGAAGAGUGACCAGGAGCUACUGCCAGAGAGACGGUGCGCAGGCCACUUGGGCCUCCAUUUGGUCUCUUCCCCCCUCCUCUUAACUUGGGCAGGGAACUGACAAAGAGGAGCCUGCUGGGGUAGGAGGGAGGACACUGACCUCUUAGUGCCUGGCUGCAGAGCUCUCAGCCUCGUCCCCUGGGGCAUCUCUGUCCCCUCCACCUGCCCGAGACCUGGCUCUAGGACAAGGGCUUUGAGCAUCGCUGCCAGUCCCUGAGAAGGCUUUCCAGCCAACCAGGACAGCCUGGACCGCGCCUGCCUGCUCGCUCUGUCCCAGGCUGCUCAGCACACAUUGGGAGAGGUGGCCAUAUCCCAGAACACUACCUCAUCCACCUGGCAGAGGGGAUCCUGCAGUUUCUGCUUCAGCCACCUAGAAGUUGUCUGUGUCCCUCCCCUAGAGGGGGCCCUGGCUGCCAACAGCUCCAAGCAGGGUCAGAUUUUUUGUUAUUGUUGUUCCAUCGGCCAACGGCAGCAGGGGCAGUGCCCGUUGCCCACAGAAUGGUGGAGAGAAGGAGACAGGUUGGGGGUUCCUGGUCCCCCAGAAAGGGGAAGGUCAAGGAUGCGGGACUGUAGCUGGACUACCCAAUCUUCCUGGAAGUGUUUCUAAAGAGCACCACUUUUUCGUUUUGUUUUUUAAAUCUUUUAUAUAUUAAAAAAAGAAAACUUAUCGCGCACCAACUGUGAAUAGCUGCUGCUUGUGCAGAAGACCCACGGGUCCCCAGGGGCUCCCGGUGCGACACUGGAAACCACUGCUCCAGGAGACAGAAAGUACUCCCUGUCCCCAGCACAGGCCACCCUCCAUAGCCACUGGGACUGGCUCAGAGCCUGAGGAGGCUGGGCUGGAGGGGAAGACUGGGACUAUCUGGAACAUUCUUUAUAAUAAAAGCCUGCUGGGAAAACCUCCUAUGGGCUUCAGCCUUUGUCCUAAGAUGGCCGAGGGGGGAGAUGGGCCUGUUUCUUCAUCCCAUUCAUGGCAGAGAGGAAGUGCAGAGCCUGGCCUCGCAUCCUACCAUAGACAUGACCUAAAGGACCUCUGCCCUCU